AUGGGAAUUGUGAAAGAGGAGUUUAAUGAUGAGAAUAAAACAGAAAUAAACAACAACACCUUAAUCUACUUAGAAGAACAGAUUGAAAUAUAUUCUUCGGAUGAAUUUGACAAUGCAUUAUUUUGGCCUGAGGAUAUUACUAUUGCUGAACUAUUUUUAGAUAAAUAUUUUCAUCAAGUUAGAAAAUUAUUCAAAUUGAAAUAUAAAGAGAUGGAUAUUGAAAAUAAACCGUUAAAUAAUGAAACUAUUGAUAAAGUACUUGUCGAACUUAUUUUGGUGUCUAAUGAGAUUAAUGGCUCUUUUCGUAAAUCAAAUUCAAAAUCAACAAGUGUUUCCCCAUAUUUUGGUUUUUAUAUUCAUAAUUGUUCUGACCCAAAAAUAAAGGAGAAAAUUAAAAUUCAAAAACUAUAA